UAUAGGAGUAGUCAAUUUUCUUUUGUGCUCUCUUUAUUUCACUACAAGUAGUCUUUGAAUAUAUAGAGAUGGGUGCAGGAAACUCUCCAUGUGCUUCAUGCAAGCUGCUUAGACGCCGUUGCGCCAAGGAUUGCAUAUUUUCUCCUUACUUCCCUUGUGAUGAUCCUCACAAAUUUGCCAUUGUUCAUAAGGUCUUUGGUGCCAGCAAUAUCAGCAAAAUGUUACAGGAGCUUCCGGUGCAUGAAAGAGCGGAUGCAGUGAGCAGUUUAGUGUAUGAAGCAAAUGCAAGAAUGAGAGAUCCUGUAUAUGGCUGUGUGGGUGCAAUAUCUUACUUGCAGAACCAGGUCUCCCAGUUGCAAAUGCAGCUUGCAAUGGCUCAAGCUGAAAUACUUUGCAUCCAGAUGCAAUCUGAGUCACCAUCAGCUCCAGCUCCAGCUCCAGCUUUGCCCGUCACCCCACAUGAAUUAGUAACAGAUGAUCAUGACAAGUCUUUUUUUGUAUCAGAUCAGUACCUCAACUUUGACUCCAGCUCCCACAAAUGUUGUAAUUCUCAAGACGGACUCUUUCUUUGGAGAUAAAAAAAACUAAACCCCCACUUUUAGUAUGCUGCCUGAUUAAUUUUGUUUUCAUCACUUAGAAUUAGUU